AUGCACAAUAACUGUUCCAUAGCAGAACUCAAGAAUACUUGCCUCGAUCUCGCUGUAUUUCAGCAUCAAAACGUUUCACCACAAUUCAUAGUUUUCAUUUGCGCAAUUAACAUUAUACUAUUAAUAACAUCAGCAAUUGGAAAUACUUCGGUCAUCUUAGCAGUAUGGAAGACUUCUUCGCUUCGCUCUCCUUGGAUGGUUUUUCUCUCUGGACUCGCCAUAACUGACUUCGCUGUUGCUGUCUUUGUUCAACCAUCAUUUGAAGCUUUCACUCUGAUGCUGCUUUUUUCAAACUCUGACAUAAAUGAGUGUUAUUUCGAAAUUAUAUUUGGCACUCUUUGCUACACGGUGUGCGCUGCUUCUUUGAUGACCGUUACAACCAUCAGUGUAGAUAGGUUCUUAGCAAUUCAAUAUCACUUGAGGUACUCCAGCAUCGUAACUGUUCCACGAGUCAUCUAUAUUACUGGUAUGAUCUGGUUAAUGGGUGGAUUUUUGGCAACCCUCUUACUAUGGGCAGGGAAAAGGGUUUUUCAAAUAGUCAUGACUUGUGGAAUAGCAUUUUGCCUCUCUAUGUGUACAAUUGUGCAUUUCCAAAUUUAUCAAAACGUUCGUCGACAUCAACGACAAAUCCAAGCACAAGUGCAGGCAGUACAAGAUGGGACUGGAUUACAGAUGGCGCGAUUUAAAAAAACAGCUAUCAACGCCUUUCUAGUUCAUUACUUUCUACUUUUCUGCUAUACUCCAGUGUUCAUAUCGAUAUUAUUAGCCAGAAAUUUUGAAAACAGACCUGGUUUUGAUUCAUGGAAUGAGUUUUAUAGUCCAAUUGUGUGGAAUACAUCAGCAACUAUAGUGUUUAUGAAUUCGGCUUUCAAUCCAUUAAUCUAUUGUUGGCGGCUUCGAGAAAUGAGACUCUCUGUAAAAAGAACCUUAAGGAGGAUGGUAUGCAAGAAUUGA